CAGAUCUUCCAGCAUGAGGGCGCUGCUCCGCAAGGCGAAAGAGAAGCAGACGGACAGGUCAUUACCACGAGAAUCACCAGCCACAUCUGCCGAAGCACCAUCUGCUCAUGACGAGGAGCACCAUGUCGAGCCCAUCUGCAUCAACGAGGAGGCCACGCAGUCGGCCGAGGGCGGUGACGCAGGUGUGUUCACCGCGCCGAUCAGCAGCAUCCGCGUCGUCAACGACUGGAUUGACAGAAACACUGAAUCGGUGAGCAGUCUGGCAAGAAAUCAGCGUGUGUGUGAUCUCAUUGAUCCAUGCGUUUCCUUUGCACUGCCAGGUGCUCGUCAGGAAUGUGGCGAGGGGAGAGGGCAGGGCUGUCAAGCUCACCGGCAGAAGCACACAAGCUUACGGAGGUACGCAGAGAGAAGCACACAUACUGACCUGACGCACUUGUCGACCUUUGUGUGUGUGCGCCCACAGGCACGGUGACCAGUGAUGGUCUUGCGGAUCAGGAGGCCCUCCCCCAGUGGCUGCAGGCCCUCAGCGACCGACUGGUGGCCCAGGGCGUGUAUCCCCCCUCACACACACCCAACCACGUGCUCAUCAAUGACUACAUCAGCCCAGAGAGCGGCAUCUUCCCCCACAAAGACGGCGCAGCCUACUGGCCGCGCGUGAGCAUCCUGUCGCUGUCGUCGUCUGCCGUGAUGGACUUCCACCGCCCGCGCAGCGGCAUGAGCACAUCUGGUGAAUGUGGUGAUCGUCCAUCGACAGAGACCGUCGUGUGCCGCGUGUUCCUGCCGUAAGGAAGUGAGCUGCUGUCCCGCACGGCACAUCCCCGCGUACGUGAGAUGGCCUUUCUGUCUGUUUGCCGGUCGGUUUGUGUCGGGCAGGCCCAGGAGCCUCUUGAUAUUCGACGGCGCGGCAUACACUGACUACCUGCACGUACGCGCGCCUGUUUGUGUGCACGCGGGAGGGAGGGGGGGGGGGAUCACUCUCGUGCAUGGCUGGUGCUUGGCCAUCUGUCCAUCCGUUCAUUAGGGUAUAUGCGCCGUGGCUGCCGACGUCAUCGAUGAGAGCGUCCUCAACACCGACCCGCACACUCACGGUCAGCUCAGCUGGGAAACGGCGGGGAAGUGAUGUGCCUGCUUGGGUGUCCAUUCUUUGAUCCUUUCCUUCAGGUACGAGUGUUGCUCGGAGUGAGAGUGGGCGGAUCUCUCUCACCAUCAGACACGUGCCGCCUGCCACCGCCAAGGCACACCAACUCGACGGAUGAAUCGGGAUGGACCGGUUCAGGUGCACGGGAGGGACUGCAUCAAGAAUCCUCGUCGCUCUGCCGCUUGAGUGGAAGCAGAGAAGCGGCAGAAGAGAUUCUCAUUGGCCCGGUGGCGAUGAUUUGGCUGGCGUGAUGUGAUGUGCAUGAUAGGGUCUUCUUGUGUCGCGCCGGCCGGGAGACACGUGUUGCAGGCAGGUCUUCACGCAUGCACGCAUUUGGUGGGUGUCCACGUUUGUAUGUAGAAGCUAGCUAGCGGAGAGUCCGUCUGUCUGUCUGUCUGCCUACCUCGACCGAGCACCGAGGCACGACCGACCGAGCAAGGAAUGCAAUCGCGAUCGUACGUAAUGUUAUGUGACGUACUGUACGCACGCAUCCGCAGAAAGUGUAUGUAUACGUAUACGUAUGCAUGAAUGGGUGUGUGUGUACGAACGUAUCCAUUCAUGCAGCAUAUCAUGCAAGUGAGAGGGUAGGUGAGUGGGCGAGCGAGUGAGUGGAGUGAGUGUCAUAGGCAAACUUCGUAUGCAUGACAACAUACCCAACGCGUCCAAAGCGUCCAAAUCGUCCAAAUCGAAGGAAUGGGUGAGAGAGUGGUGGUGCGAUCGAU